GUGUGAGGGCAGCCGAUAGUUUUUCAUGCCAGUCCUCGUGAAGCCGCUAUGGCUGCAGGGUCAGCUGCAAAGUUAACCGCGUUUGUGGGCAAGCUCGGCACCUGUACCAAGUGUUUGCGCCUGCCAAGACUGAGUUCGCACAGCGUGCGGUGGCAUCAUGCUUCGUCGCUUGCUCUCCGGCAGGAAAGGAGGCUGCACCCCCUUGGUGGUUGCCAAGCGAGCUGCUGCAGAUGCAGGCACGGUCCCUGUCGGACAUUCAUGACGGCGGCCCCCUGGUCUCAGGCGCCCCUGGUUCAACAGCCAGGCAGCCUGCCCGAGACCAGCACAGACCCAUUCGAGCUGUCCAAGCAGGACCUGGCUGACAUCUACGAUGCCAUUAAAAAGGAGCUAUGGGUGUCAAAGCCUCAGCUGAAUGAAAUUGCCAGCUACUACUUUGAUGGCCAAGGAAAAGCAUUUCGCCCCAUGAUCUGCACAUUGAUGGCCAGGGCUGUCAACAUUCACGUGCACAAUAGAAAUGUGCUUCUAGAUUUCCAAAAGAAAGUGGCAUUAUUGUGCGAAAUGAUCCACACUGCCAGCCUUGUCCAUGAUGAUGUCAUCGAUACCUCCGACACAAGGCGAGGAAAGCCCAGUGUCAAUGUGUUAUGGGGACAGAAAAAGGCAAUUCUAGCGGGCGACUUUGUGCUCUCCCGAACAGCACAGCUGCUUGCCAAGAUUGGGAGCAAUGAUGUCAACAGUUUCCUGUCUCAGGUUCUUGUGGACUUAGUUCAAGGAGAAUUCAUGCAGCUGGGUUCCAAAGAAGAUGAGGGGGAGAGAUUCUCUCAUUACAUACAAAAGACAUUCAAGAAGACUGCCAGCCUUAUUGCCUUUGCCUGCAGAUCUGUAUCCAUACUUGGAGGUGGAGAUGACAAAAUACAGGAAGCAGCCUACCAGUAUGGCAGGAAUGUUGGCAUUGCAUUUCAGUUGGUUGAUGACCUCCUAGACUUUGUGUCCAGUCAGUCUGACCUUGGCAAGCCUGCUGCUGCCGACCUCAGGCUAGGUCUUGCCACCGCGCCCGUCCUGUUUGCGUGUGACAAGUACCCCGAGCUGAACGCUAUGAUAAUGCGGCGCUUCUCAGAGCCCGGAGACGUGGAGAGGGCCUAUGAGGCAGUUCUGAAGAGUGAUGGCCUCGAGCACACACGGCUGCUGGCACAGAAGCACUGCAGCGAAGCUGUGCGGCACCUGGCGCCGUGGGUCGAGUCACCGGAAAAGCAGGCGCUCAUCAGCAUCACCGAGAAAGUGCUCAACCGCAAGAAGUGACCGUGUACAUACAAACGGAGCCUACCGACAGCCUUGGACAACUUACGCGCGUCAAGAGCUGUUCCGUAUAUUUUAUUCGACAAUCACAAGAAAUCUGACAAAGUGAUUUUCACGGAUGUGAUGUGAUUGAAAAAAAAAAAUGGUGCGAAUGAACUUUGCGCAUAUACUUGCAACAACAACGAAAGCUUAUAUAAUGGCUCCUUUUGUUUGCCUGACCUAAUCCUUAUACCAGGAAAGAGAUAACGUAGUUGUACAUAAGACAUGUACAUAAAAGUAAUGAGCUUGGCUAUGAGAAGAAAAAAAAAAAACAUUUCACUCUGUGCAAUUGCAG